CAUAUAGACUUCCUGUAAGGCAGUUUGACUUUUCAAAGAUUGUUUACAAGCAAAUUGCAGAGUGUAUAAUCAUUUAAAAACUUUAAUAAUCUCAGAGUUGUUUGUCAUCAACUUGUUGAGAUUAGUAAAAAAUGAACUACUUAAGACUUUGUAAUCUAUUGCUAAAUCUAGGAUUAUAGUUCAAACUAAUUUUCUGUGACCCACUUGUUGCGUUUAGGUUAUGGUGUUAUAAACAAAAAUAUGUUGGGUAUAAAUGUUUGGUUUUCAUGAUAAAUUCGUGUAUGCCAGACUGUAGGAAUGGAGGAUCCAGGUCUGAGCUUGUUUCAAGGCUCAGAAAUUCAACUGAAUACAAAUACACAAGGCUUAGAGGAAGAUGAAGAACAAGAAGAUGCUAAGCGACGCGAUAAAGAGAUUCAGGAUCUCUUGGAUAAGGAUCUCACUUGGAAUGAUGAUUUAGAUGAUGAAACUGAUACUAGUUCUGUUAACAAUAGUUGUUAUCAAGAUAAUGCUAAAGAAGCAGAAGAUUCUAAUUCAGUGUUAAAUUCUACUCAGGGAAUUAUAUCAUCCAAAGACCAAACUGUAUCUCAAUUACAGAAAGAAUUUGGUAUUUAUGAUCAUAUGGGAAAUUCAAAUAAUUAUGACAAUAUUAUGACAAACCAUAAGUCAGAAUUAGAAAUUGUUCCAACAAUAUCUAAUAUACAAAGAGAUUUUAAUGUAUAUGGUCCAUCUGACACGCCAUAUUCUAAAAAUAAUAAAAGUAAAGAUAUGCAUAAUAUUACUGCCGAAACGCCUUAUGAAUUAGCAAGACUACCAAAUUCUGCAUUUCCUAAAGAUUUAAGAGUUCAAGUUGAAGAAGAGUGUACAUUUAAUGAAAAUUAUUUGUAUAAUUAUCAAACACCAGCUAAUCAUUAUGAUGCUCAUAGUAAAACUUAUUCAAAUAAUGGUUAUAUUGAUGGAUAUGAAAAUAAUAUACAAAGCAAACAAAUUCAUGAGUUUGGAGGUGGUGAUAAUGUUACAUCUGAUCAUUUAAGUCAUUGUUACAAAAUAAGUCCAAAUGGUAGACCAACUGAUGACAAUGUAGCUUAUAAAAUAGCAGAAUAUGAUAGUAAAGAACAAUUAGAAGUUUUAUAUACAGUUCGAAUGAGAGAAAUUAAACGAUUAACAGAAGAAUUAAAACAACUACAAUUGGAAAAAGAAGAAGAGAAAAAUCAACUUAGCAGGAAAUUAACACUUUUACAAGCUGAAACUGAAAGAUCAAACAUAUCUAGAAAUCAAACACAGCAUGCUUUGGUUGAUGCAAAAGCUGAAAUUACUGGUCUCCAUAAUCAAAUAACAUCAUUAAAGGAAAAAAAUGAAAAUUUAGAAAGAGUUAAUCGAAAUAUGACAGAAGAAUUAAGAGAUGCAAGAAAUUCUUUAAUAGAAUUACAACAAAAAAUAGCUAUAUUAGAAGAGGUACAAGCAUUACAAGCAAAUGAUAAAACACACGAAAAAUUUUUAAAGCAAGCACAAGAAAAACAUGCAAUUGAAAUGAAAAAUAUGCAAAUUCAAAUAGAUAAACUUACAGAUAAACUUAAUGCAAAGGAAAUAUCAUAUGCUGAUUUGGAAAAUAAAUUAGCUGAUGUACGAAGGGCAAAUGAAACGCUUAUGGUAGAAAAAGGAGAUACAAUGAAUCGUCUAGCACAAGCAUUAGAAGAAAGUCAAGCACAAUGUAGAAAUCUUAUGGCUACAAAUAAUGCUCAACAAGUAAUGCAACUUCAAGCACAGAUUAAAGUUUUAACACAAGAAAAAGAAGAAAUGCAAAAAAUGAUUCAAGAAUUACAGAAUAAAUUAGAGAUAGCAAAAAGUGAUGCAGCACAAUAUGAUUCGUUACUGACAACAACAUUAGAAGAAGAAUCUGAUUCUAUUAAACAAAUGAAAUUAGGCGAUUUUCAUAAUAAAUCAAAAUCAAAACCUUAUGAUGAUGUAACAAAUAAAUUAAGAGGAGAAUUAAAAAGAUGUUUAGCUGGACAGGCAGUUAAAAGAAAGGAAAUAACUCGAUUAGAAAAUACUUUAUCACAAAAAGAAAAAGAACUCGAUAAAGCUUUAAUUAUAGCAGAUACAUGUCGAAAAGAAGCAGCUCGAUAUGCUAAACGUGUUAACGAAUUAGAACAAGAAUUGAAAUCUGUACUUACAGAUGAAGCUUUAAAAGCAAAUGCUCAAAUACAAAAAUUAUCUGAUCAUCUUAGUGAUGUAAAAAAGCAAUAUGAAUUAUUACGAGAAGAAAAAAUGAAAUUAGAACAAAAAUUAGAAGAAACAUUAGCAAUUAAUGAAGAAACGCUCAAAAAAUUAUAUCAAGAAAGCAUAAAUCAACAAGAGAAAGAUGCAAUUGAUGAAUAUAAUAAAGAAUAUUUAGAAAUACAUGCUAAGGCUAUAGAAAGAGUUAGACAAGAAGCAAAAGUUGAAAUAGUGCAAUUAUCCGUGCAAUUAGAACAAACACAAAAAGAGUUGGAUCGUGUUAAGGAAUUGUAUAUAGAUGUCUGUAGUACAAAAGAGCAAUUAAUAAAUGAACAUAAAUCUGAAAUUAAAAUAUUAAAAGAAAAAUAUGCUAACUUAGAAGAUCGUGAAAAAGAUAUUGAGAAAUAUCAACAUGACUUGCGGGCACAAGUUAAAAUAGCAGAAAAAUUAACGGAAGAAUGCGAUACAUAUAGAAGUAAAGUAAUUGAAUUAGAAAAAGACUUAAAUUAUGAAAGAAAGAAAAAAGAAGAAUAUACAAAGAAAAUUCAUCAAGAAAUUGAAAAGGCAAAAGAACAAGCUUUAAAUGAAUUACGCAAUGCUCAUCCUAAUCAAGAAAUAAGUGUUUAUUUACCAGAUCAUUGUUCUGAACAUUUAGAGAAAAUUAAUCAGCUUGAAGAAGAUUGUAAACGUUUAGAAAACAAAUUGCAUGUUGCUCUUGAUGAACAUAAAAAAAUUGUAGAAUAUCAGUCUGAAUUAGAUGAUGCUAGAUUGAAAGUAGCACAAAUAGAAAUAUCUCAAGAAUCAUGGAAAAAAAAAUAUGAAAGAGCAAUUAGCGAAAGAAAUAAUCUUAAUAGUAAAAUUUUCAAACUUGAAUCUGAAUUAUCAAAUAUUAAACGAAAUAUAACAAUUGAAGAUUUCGAUGAAAUAAAAUUAAAAGAAACUCGAUAUCAAGUAGAAAAUGAAAGUUUAAAAAAUAAAUGUGAGAAUUUGACUAGUGAAAUAAGUGCUUAUAAGGAUAAAAUCUCACAAUUAGAAAUAGAAUUAUUAGAAGCGAAAAAACUAAUUGGAAAUUUCGAGAAUACAUUUAAAAAAAGUAAUGAAAUAUCACUAAAUUCAAAUGAACUUGAAAAAGAACUUUCUCGCUAUAAAACUUUAGUAGCAGAAUUAAAUAGUAAAAUAAAUCAUUUAAAAGCUGGAAGAAAAGGUGAUCUUGUUAUGGAGCAAAGAAUCAAACAAUUAGAAACAGAUUUACAAGACAAGAACGAGGAAUUAGAAAGAUUAAAAGAGUUUGAAAAAGUAAAAAUAGAAAGAGAUCAACUUGUUUCAAAGUUAAAAAAUCAAGCUAAACAAUUCGAACAAUACGUUAAGAAUCAAAAACAAGUAUUUGCUGAAUUAAAUUUAUCACCGCGUACACAUUCAAACGAUGGUACAGAUUUUCAAAAAAUAAUAGAGAUUAUGGUAAAAGAAAUUCGCGAAGAGAUGGAACAAAAAGUAGCUGAAGAUCUUAGAGGAAUAGAGGAACGACAUCGAGAAAUGAGAAAAAAAUUAGAAGAUACAUAUAAAACUAUUUUAUUAAAAUUAAAAAAUAGAUGUCAUGAAAAGAUACAGGAAGUGGAAACUUUGAAAACAAUGCUUACAGAAAAGGUAAAAAUUCAUUCAUAUUUCAAAGCAAAGGAGCAAUUUAGUCAAAUGGUUGAAACUGAACUUGAAACUUAUUACAAAGAAUUAGUAGCAAAGAACUUGAAAAUCGAAAAAUUAGAAGAAAUAUUAAAGCAAAAAGAAAGUGAUGUGGAUGAGGAGAGAAAUCUAAUGGCCCAAGUUAUGAGUCAAUGGGCUGCAGAAAUUACGGAAGUAAAAGGUAAAGAAGUUAAAAUGAAUGAAAGAUUACAGCAAUUAAAAGAAAGUGAAGAAAAUCUAAAAACAGAAAUAAAAAUAUUAAAAGAAAAAGAAAAAGAAAUGAAAAGUAACAUUGAUACAUUAAAAAAUAAAUAUCAAUCAGCAAAACAAACUGCAAAUAAUUACAAGGAGUAUGCAAAAAAUAAAGAAAAAUUUUUAUUAAGUGAAUGUAAACGUAUAGAAGAAGGGUACAAAAGAGCCAUGAAUCAAGUACAACAAAAACUUGAAGGAAUUAUUAGUACUCAAGAAAAACAUAUAGCAACAAAACUUAAAGAAAUUGAAUGUCAGUAUACUGAAAAGAUAGAACAAAUGCGACUUACACAGAAGUACAAAAGUAAAUGUUGAAGUAUAUAUUAAUAUUUUAGUAUGCAAUAUAGCUUUCGUAGUUUAAAAGGAAAAUGUAGUUAGAAGAGGCUAGAUAUUUUUUAAUUUAAAGCACUUUAUUGUACAACACUAUUAGAAGAUUUUUGUGUUAGGGACCAAUAAGUUAAAAGUGACAUAUGUAUAUUGAUAGAAUUAAUGAUACUUAUUUGCUGUAUUUUAUUAAUGAAACAGCAAACAGUAAUGUAAUUUUCUAAACGAAAAUACUAAAGUACAAUUCCCGGUUAAUUAUUAGAGAGUACUAAUUAAUUAUAUAUAUAUAUAUUAGUUGGAAGAAUGCGAUCUUGUAAAAAGAGAAUCAUUUUUUACAUUUAUUAAUUUUGUUUCAUAAUUUUAUAAAUUAUCUAUAUAUCUAAUGUAUACAAAAUAUUCAUUUUAAUGUUCUAUACAAUUUUUAUUUUCGCGAAAAUAUGAAAUUUAUUAACCAAAAUUUAUAUAUGUUGGCUAAGAAAUUGUGCGGAAUAUUAAAGUGAACAUUUUGUAUAAAAAAUGUAUGAACAAGUACUCCUGUUAAGUGAGAUGCAAAUUUUUAGUCACAUGUUCUCACUGAACAUUAUGACAUAAUAUUGUAAUGCAAGACUGGAUCAUUAUUAGAUCUUUUUUCUUAUUAAUAAAAUAAAAAUAACUUCAUUAUAAUUCAAUGUAUCGAAGUAUAUUUUUGAGUAUUAAGAAAUUGUUCACAAUUUAUGUAUCCUAAGAGAAUUAGAGAUACUAAUAUUAAAAUUAUGC